CGGGGCCGGGCGGGCCUGAGGCGGGCCCGGGCAGCCCGCUGCAGGAGCAUCCCCGCCAAGAUGAACGCGGUGCUGGCGGUCCGGCAGUACGUGUCCAAGAUGAUCGAGGACAGCGGCCCCGGCAUGAAGGUGCUGCUGAUGGACCGGGAGACGACCGGCGCCGUGAGCGUGGUGUACACCCAGUCCGAGAUCCUGCAGCGCGAGGUUUAUCUCUUCGAGCGCCUCGACUCCCCCAACAGGGAGCCCAUGAAGCACCUCAAGGCCAUCUGCUUCCUGCGGCCCACCAAGGAGAAUGUGGAGCUUCUGGUGCAGGAGCUGCGAAGGCCCAAGUACAGUGUCUACUUCAUCUAUUUCAGCAAUGUCAUCAGCAAGAGUGAUGUGAAGGCUUUGGCUGAGGCCGAUGAGCAGGAGGUCGUGGCUGAAGUCCAGGAGUUCUACGGCGACUACAUUGCGGUGAACCCGCACGUCUUCUCCCUCAACCUCCUGGGCUGCUGUCGGGGCCGCAGCUGGGACCCAGCUCAGCUCACCAGAACAACCCAGGGGCUCACUGCUCUGCUGCUGUCCCUGAAGAAGUGCCCCAUGAUCCGGUACCAGCUGUCCUCGGAGCCAGCAAAGCGCUUGGCCGAGUGCGUGAAGCAAGUGAUCACGAAGGAGUAUGAGCUGUUUGAUUUCCGGCGCACCGAGGUCCCUCCCCUGCUCCUCAUCCUGGACCGGUCGGACGAUGCCAUCACCCCACUCCUGAACCAGUGGACGUACCAGGCCAUGGUCCACGAGCUGCUGGGGAUCAACAACAACCGCAUCGACCUGUCCCGGGUGCCAGGGAUCAGCAAGGACCUGCGGGAGGUCGUCCUGUCCGCUGAGAACGAUGAGUUCUACGCCAAUAACAUGUACCUGAACUUCGCUGAGAUUGGCACCAACAUCAAGAACCUGAUGGAGGAUUUCCAGAGGAGGAAGCCAAAGGAGCAGCAGAAGCUGGAGUCCAUUGCGGAUAUGAAGGCCUUUGUGGAGAACUACCCUCAGUUCAAGAAGAUGUCAGGCACGGUGUCCAAGCACGUGACAGUGGUGGGGGAACUGUCACGGCUCGUGGCGGAGCGGAACCUGCUGGAGGUGUCAGAGGUGGAGCAGGAGCUGGCCUGCCAGAGUGACCAUUCCAGUGCCCUCCAGAGCGUGCGGCGGCUGCUGCAGAGCCCGCGGGUGUCGGAGCUGGACGCGGCUCGGCUGGUGAUGCUCUACGCGCUGCGCUAUGAACGCCACGGCAGCAGCGGCCUCCCGGCACUGCUGGAGGAGCUGCGCAGCCGUGGCGGCACCGACAGGUACCGCAAGGUAACCCCGGGCAGGGCAGGAGUGGACAGGUACCGCAAGGUAACCCCGGGCAGGGCAGGAGUGGACAGGUACCGCAAGGUAACCCCGGGCUGGGGCAGGACUGGACAGGUACCGCAAGGUAACCCCGGGCAGGGCAGGAGUGGACAGGUACCGCAAGGUAAUCCCGGGGCGGGGCAGGAGCAAGCAGCCCCAGUGUAUUCAUAGACAGGAUGGGGGAAUCCCUGCUCUUUGGGGUGAAACCUGCCUACUCCAGGUCAGCCCAGGGCUAUGUUAUUGCACAGAACCCUGAGCUCCGCUGGGACCUGUGGGUGUGGCUUUAAAAGGUGUUUUAAAUAAUUGAAUUUAUUUCCAUUUCCUAAAUCAGUGAUGUUGGGGGUUGGACUCCAGAGAUCCCUUCCACUCCUGACUAGUCUUUGAUUCUGUAAUGUUAUGAAGGAUUUAAUAAUGAAGGGACGGCAGGAGCCUGCUGGGAGGAGGAGUGUGGCACAUACAUGGGCCUGGGAUGUGCUUCCUUUCUUCUUUUCCUCCCCCACUUUUCCCAGCUUCUGCAGCACAGGCAGUGGCUGCAGUGAAGGGCUGGGGAUGGAGAGGAGCUGGCAGGGAGGGAACAGGCGAUGGUGCCAGGAGCAGCUGGGGAGGAGGUGGAGGAGCGGGAUGAUGUCACCUCGUGUGGAGGAGCUGAUGUCGCUGCUGCAGGCGAUGGAGAUGAAGCCUCUCCUCAAGCAGGAGGGUCGGGGUGGGCUGGGGGUCAUGGGGGUGCUGCUGCUCUGUCCCCUCACCUCCAUGUGCUGUUCCAUUGGGAUCCUCUCCGUGGCUCCUUGUCCCUGUUCCACACCUCCAGGAGGUGUCUGCAGUGACUCCUCAGCACAGCCUGGAGCUGUUCCCAGGCUGACAGGGCUCCUGCCCUCUCCCUGCACAGCUGGUGUCCGCCGUGGUGGAGUAUGGAGGGAAGCGGGUCCGAGGCAGUGACCUGUUCAGCCCCAAGGAUGCCGUGGCCAUCACCAAGCAGUUCC